AUGCGGUCUCUUCUUGGGUCACUGGUCUCUUUCGGCGGACACACUCGUCGUCGUGCCCGUCUACAUUUGUUCUCUACUGGAACCUUUCCUAUUCUUCCCCGAUGGACUUUGCCCGCUCAUUGCCGCUCUGUUUCUACAGAGUCUCCCACACAAGAACCGCUGAGAAUUCUCUUCUGUGGGUCAGACCAUUUCAGCGCAACCUCACUCAAGGCCCUUCACAAUGAGCACCUUUCAAAUGGCGACCUUAUCCGCUCAAUAGAUGUUCUUACUCUCGGAGACAAAAGAUCAGGUCGUGGCAUGAAGACUAUUAGAGAGGUUCCGGUCAAAUCUCUGGCCGAGUCUCUUUCUCUCCCUCGCCAUGAGAUUUACAACUUUGAGAGCGAUUGGAAUCUUCCAGAUAAUAUCUUCGGCGAGAAGAUUAACAUGCUGAUUGCCGUCUCCUUUGGCAUCUUCAUACCCGCUCGGUUAAUCAUGGAUGCGAAGUAUGGUGGACUAAACGUCCACCCUUCACUACUCCCUAUGUACCGCGGCGCGGCCCCAAUCUAUCAUACUCUCCUCGACCAGCAACCCAUAACUGGUGUUAGUGUCCAGACCCUACACCCUGUGAAAUUUGAUCACGGAGCAAUUCUUCUGCAGACAAAUCCACCGAUCAACGUUCCCCCUAAAACUCGGUAUCAGGCCCUCCACGACACACUUGCCUCCCAUGGAGCGGAACUGCUUGUAGAAACACUCCGUCGGGGCCUAUUCUUCCCUCCGCUGGAUCCGGUAGAGAACGAUUACAAACCUUCACUUGCACCUAAAAUAGACCCAGAGAUACACGCAAGGAUCGACUGGAAAUCACAGAAUGCAGAAGAAAUAGAGAGUCGCUGCGGUACGCUCAAUACGGUAUGGUGUAAGCUUUCUUCCAUCGAGGAACCAGAAUUGGAGCGAAGGAAGCGUGCUAUAUUAUCUGGUGUGAGCGUUUUUGAAUGCCCGGAGAUGGAGCGGAAGGGAAAGGUGGUCCGACCGGGCACUUUCAGACACUUGACCGUGAGAAACGGCGAGGAUUUGUACGAAACCAUGAUUGUGAAAUGCAAAAAGGGAGGAGGGUGGAUUAGUGCCGAGGGAAUUAAAAUUGAGGGGAAGAGGCUUGUGAGUGCGGGAGAGUGGGCAAGGAGCAUUCUUGCUCAGAAGGGGAAAGGUGUUAAAGUGUUUACUUGA